AUGGGGAAAUUAAAACUUCGAAAUGGAAGAAAGGUAGAUGUAGCAGUUAAAUUGGCAAAACUUGAAGUAUUAACGAAAGAGCAGAUUAAAGAAAUCAUGCAUGAAGCCCGUCUAAUGAGGAACUUCGAUCAUCCAAAUGUUGUUAAGUUCUAUGGUGUGGCGGCUGGGCAAGAGCCACUUAUGGUUCUUAUGGAGCUUGUUAACUGUGGAGCACUGGACUCUUACCUUCAAAAACAGGAACAACCAGUUGAAAAGAAAAACGAAAUGAUACUGCAGGCGGCUUGGGGUCUGGAGUACCUUCACAUGAAGAACGUUCUACACAGAGACAUAGCUGCAAGAAACUGCCUCUAUGGCGACAACAAGGUUAAAAUUUCGGACUUUGGUUUGACCAGAGAAGGCACAGUAUAUCAGAUGGAUCCACACAAGAGGGUUCCCAUACGGUGGCUGGCACCCGAAACGCUGAGGAUGGCUAUCUACACGCAGAAAACUGAUGUGUUCAGCUACGGUACGUAUUUUCUGUAG